AUGAAUUCAACAAUCUACCUGAGCUGCCUGGUGGUCAUCAUCGGAAGCCUUACAUGGACAGUCCAAGGAAGCUUUGAAUCCGAUAGUGCACGUUUGGUUGAUGUCUUCAAAAAGGAUUCUGCUCAUUCCAUCAGUGACAGCGAUGUCGAUUUUCUAGAGACUUUUCUCGACAAGUACGGCGAUCGGAUCCAGUUGACCCCCGAACAACGAACCCAAGCAAAUGAUAUUGUGAGACAAUACAAUGCGGAAAAGGCCAACCAAACUUUGGUGGAUGGUGUUCCGCGUCAAGGCGGUGGGAAAGCAAAAUUGGCAAAAAAAAUCGCCAUAUACCUUGCCGCUGAUAUGGUCGUGGACAAAGUUAUAAACCUAUUUAAGUGGUAA